AUGAUGGCAAUAGAGAAGACAGCCAAAAGGCCUGCUCAAGAUGUAUCUGAUUCGAUAAAGACCAAGAAGCGGCAUGUCGACUUUGCGGACGAAGUAAUGAUCCACAGGGAUGACAGCGAGAGGCAGGAUAACAGAGAGUUUUCCAUCAAGUUAUACCGAAACUUUGUCACUAGUGCGCUUGAAGACCUGGAGAGGAACGAUUCUACUCAAGUGGAUACCCUGGCAAAUCAGUUGUCUCUUCCACAUUCCAGUCCAGAUAAGAUAUCUGCGGAAAAUUUAACAGUGCUUUUGCAAAUUUUGUCUAAUAACAUCGGCAAAAUCGACACUCAACAAUGUACACCGUUGAUCCAAUCUGUCAUCAACUUUGAGAAGUGGUGGGAACUACCACCAACUGCUCUAAGUACUUAUAUAUUCUUCAUUAAAAUCCUAUGUUCCAGCUUGCCCAAAUGGUGGCAAGAUGUGUCCCUGUUGCUCAUAUCGAACUUUAAUCUACCGGUGGAUAAGACAGUUCAACAACAUGAAAUGCUCAAGUAUUUUCUAAGAGCAAUACCCACAUCUACAAGCUUCAUCGAUUCGUAUAUCGCUAAAUUCUUUCCGAACAAGAAUGACUCCAAAAAGAAUCUGAUAAACUACAUUGCCAAUGUCUUGGUUCUCACUGAUUAUUGCAAUGAGUUAAGGUUUCAAUCAUGGUCAUUAGUCAUUGAAAAAGUUAUAUCUAUCGAUGUGGAACUUCAGAAUGAGUUAGAUGAACUCGACGAUGACAUUGAGGACGAUCUUGACGAUGAACUUGAUGAUGAUGACGACGAGCUGGACGAUGGUGAUGAACAGGAAGAAGUUCUGAAUGUGGAAAGAAAGGCCAUUGAAGAAAGUGAGGACGAGGAUUUAUUGGAUGGAGAAGAAGAAUACAACGUAGAAGUUUCUCAAAACAUAAAAGAGUUGUCUUCUAAACUAGACGCUAUUUUGUCCUUAAUUACCAGGCGUCUAUCACAAUCGCUAACUGCAGAAAGCAUUGACAAUGGUGACGGUGUGAGCAUAUUUAACACACUGAUCAGCCUUUUUAAAUCUCACAUCUUACCGACUUAUUACACGAAAUCAAUCCAAUAUAUCUUAUUCCAUGUUUCCCAACAACAACUGGAACUAAUGGAUGCAUUUUUAGUGACGCUUAUUGACAUAGCAUUUUCACCUAAUGAGAUUGUCGAGAAGAGAAUCAAAUCAUUGCAAUAUAUCGGAUCAUUCAUUGCUCGUGCCAAAAAGCUUUCCAAUACCCAAAUAAUUUUUGUUGCUAGCUAUUUGACAUCUUGGUUGAAUAGGUACGUUCUAGAGAGAGAGGAGGAAGUGAAUCAACCAGGCGGUGUUGAAAGGUUCAAACAUUUUUAUGCUGCAUUUCAAGCGCUCUGUUACAUUUUCUGCUUCAGACAUGCUGUCUUUAGAGAUGGCGAUUCUUGGGAAUGUGAAAUUGAUAAGUUCUUCCAAAGAAUGGUUUUAUCAAAGUUCAAUCCACUCAAGUAUUGUAAUGAAAAUGUAAUGAUGAUGUUUGCACGCAUCGCGCAGCAUGAGGGUGUAGUGUAUUGCUUCAGCAUUAUAGAAAAUAAUAAUAAUGAGAGACUACGGGGUAUCAUGGGCAAGACUGAUGGGAAGACUUCCUCAGCCGUUAUAAGCACCUGGUCAUUGGCUACGCGACAACAGUUUAUAGACCUCCAAAGUUAUUUUCCUUACGAUCCACUAUUCUUGAAAAACUAUAAAAGGAUGAUGAAAGGAUAUUACAUCGAAUGGAGCGACGUCAGUCGUGAAUAUGAAAGCGACGAGAGUGACGAGUUUGAUGACAUCAUUAGAGAUAGUUAG